AACUCUCUGAUUGGAGGACUCCCCUAAACCCUGAGCCACGGCCCCACACCAUAACUGUGAAAAUGUGAGGUGUGUUUGUGGCAGGUUGUCUUCACCGUUCAUGUAAAGUGAUUAGUUUGUAACAAAGACCUGACUUAUUGUCCACAGAUGUUUAAUGUGAUGAGCUCAGAGCUCUACAGACUCACAACUUGUGACUGCAGCUGUAUGAACAUCAGGAUACCUGGAAGCAGACAUGUACCUGUGCUGUGUCCACCCACAGGUCAGUCUGCAGAAGACCUCGACCUGGAUGAAGGACAAAGUGUCCAGCCUGAUGAAAGGCCUGAGCGAGCAGCAGCAGGCCGUGGAGCUCUUCAUCUCCCAGCAGAGGGAGGUGUCCCUCACAGAGGCCCAGGCCCGGCUCAGCCAGCUCCAGGAUCGCUCACAGAUCCUGCAGGCCAGUCGGGACCAGAUAGCAGCUGUACGCAGUCUACCAGACCUGGACCUGAUCAGG